AACACGCAACGCGCAAUGAUCAAAUCACUUGUUCUUUUAGUCAUUCUCGUGACCUUGACCCUUCGCCGGGUUCAUGGCGCACCGACGGGUGAUACCGGGUGGCACGCGAUGGAAAUGUCCAGAUUUUGGGUCAGACUUCCAAAUUUGGACUACCGGAAGAGCCAAGUGGGAGCAAGUGAAGCGAGUAUUGGUGGUUCAAAGAUUGCCGGUGGCAUGAUAGCGAAGAUGCAGCAAUUUCCGUACCAAGCGGCAAUCUUAGUGAACUUUCCAGAUGGAUCGGGGAUUCUCUGCGGAGGAGCGAUUCUUUCGACGACCUUUGUUCUGACGGCUGCACAUUGUUUGCAAGGAGCGAUCGACGCCACAGUUAUUCUCGGAACGAAUGUGAUCAGUAUUCCAAGUGACGAUCAAGCUGUGGAGAUCGACGUGAGCUUGCACGAAAUGCUCCUGCAUCCACAGUACGAUCCGGUUGAUGUGCUGAACGAUAUCGCCAUCGUGCGGUUGAUCAAGGCGCUUGUAUUUUCCAAUAAGAUUCAAUCAAUUCGACUACCAAGUAAGAAUGAAGCUCAACUAGAUUUGGUGAACACCGAUGCUACCGUUUCCGGGUGGGGAGCGCUGAGUGAAGAAGAGUUUGCCGAAAUCAGUGACACCAUUAUGCUAGAGUUGCGAUACGUCGAUAAUCCAGUGAUUUCCAACGAGGUUUGUAAAAAAGUGUUCCAAGAUAUGAUUCGUGACUUCCACGUGUGUGUUUCCGGUGAUAAGGGACGAAAUGCCUGCCAAGGAGAUUCAGGUGGUCCUUUGACAGCUCAUCUGAAUGGCAAGAUCACACUGAUAGGAAUUGUCUCGUACGGUUCAACCGAUGGUUGCGAAAAAGGUUCACCUGCUGUCUAUACACGAGUUGGUUCUUAUCUAGACUGGAUAACGCAGCACACCAAUAUUCCGCAAGAUUGGCCCUUAGUUCUAUUCAUCAAAAUCCGAUUGCACGGUAGCCUUAUCGGUUCUGAAAGUGGCUUGACAAUGCGCAAAUUAUUAGUGCCUCUAACUGCACUGCUGGCUGUGGCCAGCUUCAGUGCUGCCUACAGUGUUCCUAGUGCCCAUAUUAUUCGUCUACCCAUAGCAAAAGAGUUGCCUGAAUUUACUUCUGCCAACAAUGAAGCACGUGAACGGAUUACCGGAGGAGAGUACGUGGAUCCAACCGACAUUCCGCAUGCUGCCGGUAUCAUAAUAGCAGGUCCAGUUGGAAAUAGAUUUUGCGGUGGAUCGCUUGUUUCCCUGAAUUAUGUCCUCACGGUGGCCAGCUGUCUCGUAAUUGGUCCAUUCCCGACCACGGUUCUGCUAGGAGCAUCGGAUAUGAAUAACAUUGAUGGUUUGAUUGCUGCCACUGAAAUGAUCAUUCACGCCGAGUUUGAUCUUCAAUCAGGACAGAAUGACAUUGCCUUGCUACAGCUAGAGCGAGCAGCUGUUGUUGGAGACACCAUCCGACCGGUCCGACUACCAAACUGGCGCCAGGUCCAGUCGCCCUUUUUGAACCAGCUGGCAACGGUGUCUGGAUGGGGAGCAUUGUUCCAAAAUGCACCUGAAAUCCUCCCUCUGUACGAACUCCGUCAGGUACACCUGCCGGUCAUGUCCAAUCUGAACUGUGCUCUCCGAUUCCCGGGAUCGAUUACCGAGAAUCAGAUCUGCGGAGCGACCGACAUGGGCUCACCGUGCCAAGGAGACCAGGGUGGUUCGCUGACGGUGGCAGAUCCCGAUGGCAGGUCCACUCAGAUCGGAAUCUUCGCCUACGUUUCGAUUCUGGGAUGCAACUCGGGAUGGCCGGCGGUAUUCACCAGGAUUACGCCGUAUCUGUCCUGGAUUGAGUCCAACUCGGAUGUUAUGAUUCUGGAUGAUUUUGAGUACUGA